AUGGAGAGCCUCUGGUCGUCACCGCUGCUCCUCGUCUUUAUCUUGGGAUGGAGGUUUCUCAGCGAGACGAAGGGAUCACCAUCGACCGUCACCUGGAACACACGGUCCAUCACUCUGGUGUCUGACGGAACCAUGGUCCAGAUUAUUGUCAAAGGUCUGCAGAGCAAGUACUACUGGGGCUGGUGUCGAAACGCUUCAAGAAUGAUGAUGUUAGCAUCAAGCCCCAAGAAUUGUCAUGUGUCGUACCCAGAACCUCCAGAUCAAUCCAUCAACCGCACGGCUGUAAAGGAACGGUGA